UCUGUCAUGCCGGUCCAAAGGAAUUUCGAACUAUAAGAAACUUUGAUUCUCCUUAUUUUGAACCGAAGACCGACGCUUUGAAAUAUGGAUUAAGCCCUUUGCAUGCGUGGAUUCGUAGUUUCGAGUUUGUUUUAAAACUUUCAUACAAGCUAGAUUUGAAAAAAUGGCAAGUUCGUGGAGCAGAAGAGAAGAGAAUCCUGGCAGAAAAGAAACAAAAAAUUCAAAAAGAGUUUUUACUUCAAAUGGGGCUUCAUGUCGAUAAGCCGAAAGCAAAUGGCAGCGGCAACACCAACGAUGGCAACACAGCUAGAAGAGCAUUUUCUCGCACGGACCUUUUAGCAUCUAUUACUGGUAUAAAUAUUGAUUUUUUGAAACAUUUACACAUAAUCUUAAUUGCUCUCUCCUCUGAAUUUGAAAUUGAUGCUCAAAGGUUUCGUGAUUAUUGCAUUAAAACCAGUGAACUAUUUUUCCAAAACUACGAAUGGUACUCUAUGUCUGCCACAAUACACAAAAUAUUAGUACAUUCGUCACAAAUAAUUGAGGCUUCAGUAGUACCCGUAGGUGUCCUGGCAGAAAAUGCAUCUGAUGCGCGAAACAAAUUUUAUAAAAAAGAUCGGACUGGUCACGCUCGAAAGGAUUCAAGAGUGCACAACAUACUUGACAUGUAUCAUAGAGCUAUGGAUAGCUCUGACCCAUAUAUUUCAAGUUUAUGUUUGCAAGAACGUACAAAUAGUUCAAAAAAACUUCCUUUUCCUCGAGAAGUCAUUGAUCUUUUUAAAAUGCCUGAAUUGCCACCAGAAUUGUUAUUACCUUCAACAUCUCACGAAGCCUCCAGCUGCAAUUAUAGUUAUGAUUCCGAUGUAAGCUUAGAGUCGAUAAAUAAUUAUUCAUUGGAAUUAGAAGCGGCUGAAAACGAAGAUUAAGAUUAAUCCAUAAGCAUUUACAACUUCUUUAAAAUUAUAAAUUUAUGAAUUACAAAAUAAAUUAAUUUCUU